AUGUCAGAUGGUAGUCAGCUUCAAUUUGUAAAUGUUAACUCAAAAAGUGCAUCAGUUUCACAGAUCUUAGAUGAUACUCAGAGGGUGCAGAAGAGAAGUAGUGGAAUAUCUGGUUACUAG